AUGAGAAACAGAUUGGCCACUUAUACGCCCGUGGGAGCAACAGACCAUCAACUGCCACCCACCUAUGAACUUUUCUCCCCUGGCGUCGUGAGCGUAUUCGUUGAGUACUGUGUGGUCGCGAAACUGAUAUUUGGUGGACUCGGGCAGGUUGAGAUGGCAGAAGCUAUUCAUCCCUUCAGACUGGUUCACUACUCUCCAAAUCCACCCAUCGAAGACUUCGCGCUUAGGGUAUGUCGAUAUCCGAGGACCUCCAAGGGAACCCGUUUGAUCCCUGGAAGUCGGGAGGGAAGGACAUCACUGUUUGGUUGGGAUAGAACGUCAAUGAGUCGACUCGGUGACCCAACAUUCGCGUAUGAACUACUAUUUGGGUUUCCGACGCGGAUCCAGUUGGAUAACCCGACACCAAUCCAAAUAAGUCUCAUGGUGUUCCCUAAUUGGGAAAUGACCAGUAAUAUCUUAGAGAAUGUACCGCAGCAAUUCAAGUUACUCUCUAUUCAAGUUUUACUAGUCACAUGUACCAAGGUCAGGGCGUUUCAGAGAGAGAAGUGCUAUACAAGAUCCGUCGACCUUGAUCUUUCAAACGAUUUGGAUCGGCUACAGAGAGAGGUAUUGAUCCCCUGUGCUAAUCGCUGGGAUCCGAUUGACGUUGGAGAAAUGGUCGACCUUCGUGUUGGAUUGAAAGAAUGCAACGGUGAGCAGUUUACACCGUCUUUCCGGACAUACAACAUGACUGUAACACACAAGCUACAGUGGAAGGUACAGGUCCAAGUCGUGGGCGAAACCUUUUCCGUGGUCGGAGAGAAACGUGCUCUUACUGAGGUCCAGUGA